GUUCCACAAUGGUACAGCCAGCAUCACGCUGCACAAUGGUUUCCAGGCAGUGAAAGAGGUUUGGAAUGUGGUUAAAAAUACCACGUAAGGUUGCAGUUUGAGGGAAGGGUUGCUGUACCGGGAGCAUAGUUCGCAGGCACGGAAUGGGCUAGCAUUAGAAAUUGGUACCAGCAGCAGGCCAGAUUCAGCUAUGGGAAUUCAGGCAUGAAGUUGACCCCUCUCAAUCAUUUCCUAUAGAUGAGACAUAGCACAAGCUGUGGUAUUUAUGAGCCGCCAUUUCUUGUACUACUGCAGUGAACCUACCCUGGAUGUGAAGAUUGCCUUUUGUCAGGGAUUUGGGAAACAAGUGGAUGUGUCAUAUAUUGCCAAACAUUACAACAUGAGCAAAAGCAAAGUUGACAACCAGUUCUACAGCGUGGAAGUAGGUGACUCGACCUUCACCGUUCUCAAGCGCUACCAGAACUUAAAACCUAUUGGCUCUGGGGCUCAGGGAAUAGUUUGCGCUGCAUAUGAUGCUGUCCUUGACAGAAAUGUGGCUAUUAAGAAGCUCAGCCGACCAUUUCAGAAUCAAACGCACGCCAAACGAGCUUAUAGGGAGCUGGUCCUCAUGAAGUGCGUGAACCAUAAAAAUAUUAUCAGUUUAUUAAAUGUCUUCACACCACAGAAAUCUCUGGAGGAAUUCCAGGAUGUUUACCUGGUAAUGGAAUUGAUGGAUGCCAACUUGUGCCAGGUGAUUCAGAUGGAAUUAGACCAUGAACGAAUGUCUUACCUGCUCUACCAAAUGCUGUGUGGGAUCAAGCACCUUCACUCUGCGGGAAUCAUUCACAGGGAUUUAAAACCAAGUAAUAUUGUGGUAAAGUCCGAUUGCACGUUGAAGAUUCUGGACUUUGGACUGGCCAGGACUGCAGGCACCAGCUUCAUGAUGACUCCGUAUGUGGUGACACGUUAUUACAGAGCACCAGAGGUCAUCUUGGGAAUGGGCUACAAGGAGAACGUUGACAUGUGGUCAGUAGGGUGCAUCAUGGGAGAAAUGAUUAAAGGUGCUGUGUUGUUUCCUGGCACUGAUCAUAUUGACCAGUGGAAUAAAGUAAUUGAGCAGCUGGGAACACCAUGUCCAGAAUUCAUGAAGAAGCUACAACCCACAGUGCGGAACUACGUUGAGAACCGACCUAAGUAUGCUGGUCUCACUUUCCCCAAACUUUUCCCAGACUCUCUCUUCCCAGCCGACUCAGAACACAACAAACUCAAAGCCAGCCAAGCCAGGGACCUUUUGUCAAAGAUGUUGGUGAUUGACCCAGCCAAGCGGAUAUCAGUGGAUGAAGCCUUGCAGCAUCCAUACAUUAAUGUGUGGUAUGACCCAGCAGAAGUGGAGGCGCCUCCUCCUCAGAUAUAUGAUAAACAGCUGGAUGAAAGAGAACAUACGAUUGAGGAAUGGAAAGAAUUGAUCUACAAGGAAGUAAUGAAUUCUGAAGAAAAAACUAAAAAUGGAGUAGUUAAAGGACAGCCUUCUCCUUCAGGUGCAGCAGUGAACAGCAGCGAAAGCCUCCCUCCAUCCUCAUCUGUUAACGACAUCUCCUCCAUGUCCACUGACCAAACCCUGGCAUCUGACACCGACAGCAGCUUGGAAGCUUCUGCAGGACCCCUCGGUUGUUGCAGGUGACUAGCCGCCUGCCUGCGAAACCCAACGUUCUUCAGAAGAUGAGGCAAUUUAGGGGGAAACUAAUAACAAGAAUAAACGAUGGAAAGGAAGAGAAAUAAAAGAUAAAGAUUUAAAUGAAACAAAACCCUUUUCAGCCUGCUUCUCCUACAGAGUUAUGUAAUGCAGCUAAGCUCAAGUAUAUAUUUAACUUAUAGUUGCUCUGCUUUGGUCUUCUUCCAAUGAUGCUUACUGAAAAAAAAAGGGAAUUAAAGAAGCCUUUUUUUUCCAAAAAAUGUAAAAUUAAUGGCUGCAAAACCAGCAACCUGCAACCGUCCUUUUCACACUGGCAUGACAAGGUGUGCAGUAGCCACUCUACGUAUGUAUGUGUGUGUAUCUGAUUUCACGAUCUUGCUAAUCUAUUUUAUCUACUUCUGCCCACGUAGACAGAUAUACACACACAUUUAUCUCACCACAUGUAUAGCACACACACAAAUGUGUAUGAUAGUAUGUGCAACUGUGUAUCUCUAUACAUUAUAUACAGAUACCCAGUAUGUACUCUAGAGCUAAUUGGCCCAUUUCAUGUGAACUACAUAAAUACAUCUGUAACAUAUUGCCAGUAUAUAAUCUGUUCAAUUUGUUCAUUAAGUUGUAUAUCAUAUAAGAUUUGUAAAAGCAAAAAUAAUAAGUCAAGCCUGAGCUCUCUCAGACCCUUGAAGAUGUAGCACCCAAAUUUCAACUGAUAUAUAUAUUUUUAAUAAUACUGGUUUGUACGAAGGAUGCACCGAAUGGAGAUUUACAAGGAAAAUGUGCAUCAGUGGUGCAUGCUAACAUUUGUUGCUUUGAUUUUUAGAACAGAUGAGAGUUAGGACCAGGUUAAAAGGAAGCACAUCUGUCUUUGGGAGCUGUUGGGGUUGAGGAUGGAGUUGUCCUGUGAAUACCUAAUAUCUCAGCCCACAAGGACUUCAGAGACAAACUUUUCAUAGUGAUAAUACAGUGAGUUAUUUUUCUUAGAUAGGCUUAUCAUUGUUAAUUAUAGUGUGUAUGUGUGUGUUAGGGGCUAAAAUGUGUGGGGAUAGGCUCAGAUAACAAGAAGGAUGUACACAAUUUUUAUGUAUCAUUUAUGACUAGGUGCUUGGUAAGCCAGGAUUGCAGACAAGGGAUGUUUGCAGUCUACUCCCUCUCUAGGUAUUCGUUGCUGCAAAGGAGUUGAAUUCCCUUUAAAUAAUUUCCCUUGUGGGAAUUACAUUACUUGGACAACAUUGAUUCUAUAGUUCCUUUCAGCCUUUUUUCCCACUGGUGACAAAUCAGCAGAUUCCUCAAAAUGCUUCAUCAACUGGGCUAUACAUAGAAGGUUAGUAAAUUGAAUGGUCAAAUAUUCUCAUACACAAUAGGCUUUGCCUUUGUUUAACAGCCAGGAGCCAAGCUGGGAGUGUAACAAUCAGGGUCUCAGGCAGCUUUUGCAUAUUUCUAAAGAAGCCAAUAUUGAGUAAAUAUUCAUUGGAUUUUGACAGAUAAUACUACUUUGAACUUGCCACAGAGAGUAGUGUCAGGUCUUUUAGCAGCAUACAGCAACACUACACAAUUGUUUAGGGCAAGUGAAGAACAGUUUUUCCUCCUGAAACAGCAAUGAGGAUUUUAGGUAGGCAAAAUGCAAUUGUCUGAGUUGGAAUUUAGCCAGGAUUCUAGGGUUCACAUCUCUCUCCUCUUAUUCAAAUGUGCUGUGCCAUCUGUAAUGUAUGCCUCAUCCAAAUGGCAGGACGAGUUAAUUUAAAUAGCUUAUUCUAUUUAACUGUAAUGUGUGACAAUUUUUGAAUUUACAACUAUUUGAUUGGACAGUUGACAAAUCUGUCAUCCCUAAGCUGGGGAAAAUAUCUGAAUAUCAACUGAGAUUUUGUCCAAAGUAAAAAGCAAACAAUAAAGC